CUGAGGCGGGCGGCACCCGCUCAGAGCCAGUCGAGUUUGGGGUCCCUGGCCCUCGCGCCGGGGCGGAGGACGGGAGAACCGAGGCUGUGGCGGAGAUGCCCAGCACGCACGGCUGGAGAGCGUGAGGCUGCGGUCGUCAGUGCCGAAGUCCGAGCGGGUGAAUGAACGCGAGCCCGCGAGUGCGCGUUUACCUGGGGUGCGGUGUGCGUGGAAGCCGGCGAGCACUGGCAUCUCCCACGCCGAGGAACUGCGCGCACGACUGUGCGUUUCCCCUGACGCGCGUGGGAAUGUGUGGCUCGGGGUGCGCGUGAUGGGCCCACGCCGUGGGGUGGGCGCCCACCGUCCGACUCCAGUGGAAAAGUUUUGCGGGUCGCCGGUGAGCGGCGGCGGAUCCGCGCCCAGGACCUAUGAGUGCGCGCAGCCCGGCCUGGAGCGCCGUGGAGUGGACAGCCAGAGAAACCCCGCUCUGGGGAUCCUGUCGCCGCCGGUUCCCUGCCGCUCUAGGGGACGCCGGGCAGGCUCUCUCCCCUCAAGGCCUCAGUUUCGCCAUUCGUCCAAAGAGGGCUGGUCUCCGAGGAGGUGGAUUCGGGCGGGAGGCGGGAACCGAGCCGGCGUCGCUCAGAGCUGAGAACAGGGCGUGUGCGUGGGGCCAGGAGCCUGGCGCGACCCCCAGCCGUGCGCCCCGCCCCGGCGCCAUGCACUGCGAGGUGGCCGAGGCGCUUUCGGACAAGAGGCCCAAGGAGGCCCCAGCUGCGCCCGGCCCCGGCCGCGGGCCCGCCGGCCUCAGCGCGCACAUGGCCUUCAGGGUCACCGCGAGUGGCGGCGGCUGUGGGGACGGGGGCCCUCGGGACCUGCACCCUCGGCUGCCCGUGCCACCGCUGCGCGCCCACGACCACCUCCGGCCCCGGAGUCCGCGAGACUACAGCCAGUCCAAGGCUGCCGCCGCCGCAGCAGCCGGGAAGGUGAACGGGAGCUACGGCCACUGCACCCCCGGGUCGGAAAAGGGCCUGCUGGACCUGGACCUUGCUGAGGGCCCCGGCCUGUUUCUCCCUGUGGGAACCCCACCACCCCGGGGCCACACCCCUGCCUGCGAGAGGCUGCUGCAUCUCCCCCCCCCUCACAGGUCACCCAGGCCCCAGGCCGCCUAUGUGAAUGGCAGCCUGCCAGCCACACAGCACAUCAAGCAGGAGUCCCUGCCCGACUACCAGGCCAUGGCCGAAGCCCACACUCCCCUGUCAACCCACUGCCGCGCCCCGCCAGCCACAGGCCUGCACACAGCGCUGGACCUCCCAGGCCGAGGCCUUGCCAACCCUGCCCCUUCCUGCUACCUUCUGGGCAGCGAGCCUAGCCCAGGCCUGGGCCCCCAGCCUGAAGCCCACCUGCCCGAGGGCAGCCUGAAGCGCUGCUGCCUCUUGGGCCUGCCUCCUGUCUCCUCAGCCUCCUCCUCACCUUGUGGCUCCUCCGAUGUCACCCCUAUCAUCCACUCCUCCCAGACGGCUCUAGUCUCCUGUGUAAAUGGACUCCAGAGCCCCCCUCUGCCGGGAGAUGUCGGGGGCCCUCCUAAGCAGUCCCGGCACGGCCCUGUGCCCACUGAGAGCCAGGAGGGCAGCAUGCAGCUGGAAGAGUGCCAGAAGACGGGCUUCCUGAAGCAGGAGCCUUCGGACGAAUUCUCAGAGCUCUUUGGGACUCACCAGCAGGGCCUGCCACCCCCCUACCCCCUGCCUCAGUUGCCAGCUGGCCUGGGUCUGGCAGGUCUGGGGCUGGGCCUGGCGGGCAGGCUGGUGGCUGGGCGGCAGGCAUGCCGCUGGGUGGACUGCUGUGCAGCAUACGAGCAACAGGAGGAGCUGGUGCGGCACAUUGAGAAGAGCCACAUAGACCAGCGCAAGGGCGAGGACUUCACCUGCUUCUGGGCCGGAUGUGUGCGCCGCUACAAGCCCUUCAAUGCCCGCUACAAGCUGCUCAUCCACAUGAGGGUGCACUCGGGUGAGAAGCCCAACAAGUGCAUGUUUGAAGGCUGCAGCAAAGCCUUCUCGAGGCUGGAGAACCUCAAGAUCCAUCUGAGGAGCCACACGGGUGAGAAGCCAUACCUGUGCCAGCACCCGGGCUGCCAGAAGGCCUUCAGCAACUCCAGUGACCGCGCCAAGCACCAGCGCACCCACCUGGACACGAAGCCGUAUGCUUGCCAGAUCCCUGGGUGCUCCAAGCGCUACACGGACCCCAGCUCCCUCCGCAAACACGUGAAGGCCCACUCAGCCAAAGAGCAGCAGGUGCGUAAGAAGUUGCAUGCCAGCCCUGACACCGAGGCUGACGUCCUGACGGAGUGUCUGGCCCUGCAGCAGCUCCAUGCAUCUGCACAGCUGGCUGGUGGUGAUGGGAAGGGUGGACACCUGGGCCAGGAGCUGCUCCCAGGUGUGUACCCAGGCUCCGUCACCCCCCAUAACGGGCUCUCCUCAGGCCUCCUGCUCCCUGCCCAGGAUGUCCCCUCCCGGCACCACCCACUGGACAACGCUGCCGGUCCCCAGCACCAUUUGUCCCCUCUGCCUGCGGCCGAGGGCAGCAGGGAUGGGUUGGGGCCCGGCCUCCUCUCUCCCAUGCUCAGCCCGCUGAAGGGGCUCGGGCCACCACCGCUGCCACCGUCCUCCCAGAGCCAGCCUCCAGGGACCCAGCCCUUCUCUGCGCUGCCCAGCAAGCCGCCCUACACCCCCUUCCAGAGCCCCCCACCCCCACCACUGCCCGGCCCACAAGGCUACCAGGGCAGCUUCCACUCCAUCCAGAGCUGCUUCCCCUACAGCAACUGCUUCCGGAGUGGUGAGCCAGCAGCCAGCGGGGACGGGCUGGCCGGGGAGGCCCCCGGCUUCACCCAGCUGCGGCCCAAUGGCUACCCCAGCCUCAGCGCACCUUUACCUGCCUCAGGCUACGAGGCCCCGUGCCCCACAGCGCUACCCCCACAGUCAUCUGAAGAUGUGGCGUCCGGUGGCCCUGAGGACUGCAGCUUCUUCUCCAAUGGCGCCUUUGACCACUGUCUGAGUCACAUCCCCUGCAUCUACACAGACACCUGAAGGAGGGCAGGCCCUGCCGGCCGGCUCACAGAUCUACGUCACCACUUGGCAUGGCUCCCCCGUUGCCACACGAGGCUGGGCUGCCACACGGGGCUGAGCUCAGAGGUGCCCGCCAGGGACCAGGACUGUGUGACAGGCCCUUGGUUGUGUCUUCCUGUUUCUCUUGCCUACGGUUUUGAAAUCACAGACCUCGUGUAUAUAAAAUGUAUGGAACUCGUUUCUCAUUCCCUUGCCAGUUUUAUAUUUUUGUUUUACAAGAGAAACAUUAAAAACUGGAAACAAGA